AGAACAGGAUUCGUACCUGCUUGGCAUGCUGCAUCUCUCAUUGCUCAUUGUGUCAUUGAUCUGAUGAGUUCCUUUUUGAAGUCUGUUUCUGGGUUUGGUUCAGACACGUCAACCAAUCCUUAUUGCUGCAUAUAGAGAGAAGACCGAGUUUAUCGUCUUCAAGCUAUGGCUCUGGUGAGAUCAGGAUUUUCCAAAUAGAUAUUAUCCACAUUUUUUCACCUACCGGAAGCCAGUUUUCCUUGCAGCACACUACAUAUGAUGUAGUUAAUGGCAGGGAUUUUACCUUUCUGUCAAUGCUUUCAACAGAAGCAAGUAAAGAACAAAACCCCUUUGGGGCUGAGAUUUUCCCUUCAAGCAAAGAAAAGGAAAGAAGAAAAGAAUAUCUUCCAUACAAGCACCAUUUCUUCCUUCUACUCCACCUCCUACAAUGCCAUUGCAGCCUUCCACACCACAACCCCCAUUCUACUAAAAGAAAAUUCUAGGCAUGGAUCAAAGACACAACCAUCUUGAAUCUCUUGGUAUUUGCUAUAGGCUCUUCAACUUCAUCUCCAAAACCCUAGAGUCCCAAGCCCUCAAACUCAUGAUAUUAUGCCGGCCGCUUAGCCAUGGCCUGGCCAUCUGCCACAGGCUCUUCAACUUCACCAUGCAAACCCUAGCAGCACAAGCUGUGAAGCCUGUGAUUUUAGGCCAACCUGGGCACCAACCUCUUGGCCAAGUGCCCAUUUCUGAUGCUUCAGCCCCUAUUGCCACCAUCACCUCUCCCAGGAGUGUUCUUAACAAAGGCUACAAGGAGCUCCCCAUAGGUCCAGGCACUGCUGCUCAACCUCAAGAAAAGGGCCUCAAGAAGAGUGUUAGCAUAAAUGACACAGUAGAGGAGAUACCUAACACAAGCAAGAGCAGGAAAAAGAAGAUGGCACCGGAGAAGUUGGUGUCGCUGGAACGUGAGAAGGGCGAGGAACCAAAGCCAUUGAAAUCCAUAUUGAAGGUGGGUUCUAACUUGACUGGGAAAUCGGUUUCUUUUACCAUUCCUCCGAUUGAUGCCAAGAUGGAUGAAGCACAACGCUGAGCUGAGGCCAUGCAUCUUGGCCUUCUGGUGGCUUCUGGGCUGCUACUGUGUGCUGCAACCACAAGAAGUUAGAAGAUUGUUGUUGAAUUUAACUCUGACGUGUUUCAGCUUGUAUGGCCUGUGGAUUUGUAAAAACAUGCAUGAAGCUUAUGGUGCUAUGGAUGUUAUUAAACCUCCUGUUGUUAUAGUUGAAUUCUUCUCAACAAGAACAUGUUCAAGAAAAGUAUGUCUAAGAUUCAAA